AUGGCCUUACAAAGAAAAGAUCAAGAUAUUGUUAGUGCAAUGAAACUUGUUGAUUUCGCAAAGAGGCAAUUGCAAAUAAUGAGGGAAUCUAAAUGGAAUUCUUUAAUAGAAAACGUCUCUUCGUUUUGUGAUAAGAAUGGUAUUGUAAUCCCAAAAAUGGAUGAGAAGUAUGCACUUGGAAAGUCGAAGCGUAAAAGCUCAACUGUUACAUAUUCCCAUCAUUUGUACGUAGAGGUUUUUUGUGCUGCUAUUGAUUUGCAACUUUCGGAGCUUAACAACCGUUUUAGUGAAGUGAAUAUUGAUCUGCUUCUUGGUAUGGCUAGUUUGAGUCCCGAUGAUUUUUUUACAAAUUAUAAUAAAAACAAGAUUAUGAAACUUGCUACAUAUUAUCCAAAUGAGUUUGCUGCUUCUAAGCUUGAAGAUCUUAGUUGUGAGCUUGAUAACUAUAUUGGCUAUGUGCGAGAAAUGGACAAUGCAUUAUCUAACUUAAAAGGGCUUGGUGAUAUGCCGAAGACAUUGGUUAAAACAAAUAUUCACAAGACACAGGGACUUGUUUAUUUGCUUGUAAAGCUGAGUUUGAUAUUACGUGUGGCUACUGCAACGGUCGAAAGAGCUUUUUCUUCAAUGAAGUUUAUUAAAAUUGAUUUGCGAAGCAUGAUUGGUGAUGACUUUUUGAGUGAUUGUUUAGUUUGUUAUAUAGAGGAUGGAGUAUUUGGAAGUGUAUCUAAUGAUGCGAUCAUUGAUCGUUUUUAA